AUGGCUCCAGUGAUGUGUAUCGAUCAAGCGGAAUAUCCAACUUUAGCCAAAGUGUGCUUCACUACUCCAGCCAUCGAUAAUCAUGCACAUAACAUUUGUAAAGAAGAAACCAAUCAUAAAUACCCAAUCGAAUCGAUCUUCUCAGAAGCCGAAGGUACUGCAUUAACUAAUUAUGCUCAAACAAGUAUACCAGCUAUGACAGCAGCAAGUCAAUUAGCAACACUAUAUCUUUGUGAAUCAAAUUGGGACCAUUUGAAAGAAAUCGUUCUUGGUCAAUUAACUUUUGAAGAUCGAUGUAAAGUUUGUUUUGGUUACAGUAAAAUUGAGAUGGUACUCUUUGAUGAUUUACUGUUUGGUGCUCAAGAAGAUUGUAAUGGUUAUCAGUGGCAUGAUCAAUUUACUAAUAAGAAAAACAAACGAAUUGUUCGUUUAGAAGUUUUAAUGGAAGAUGCUAUCAGAUCCGUUUUCUUUGGUUCAAACAUCCAGACUGAAGUAAAUAUCGAAGCUUUAAAUAGGUGCCGUGAUGUUUUUGUUCGUGAAGUUUAUAAGUCAAUUAUGGACACUGAGGUGGUAGCCUUCAAGUCAAUCAUCUGUUAUAGAAGUGGUCUAGAUGUUUCACCACUUACCACACCUGAAGAGGCACUAAAACAAUUAGUUCCAUGGAUUGCUGGUCUUAGAAAUUCCUCUGACUCAACACUUCGAUUGAAUAAGCAAACAAAAUGUCUAAAUGAUUGGCUCUUAACAAAAGCUUUUGAAGAAAUCUCAACACAUCCUCGUGGAUCUGAUUUCAUUUUACCUGUUCAAUUCCACGUAGGAUUAGGAGAUAAAUCUGUUCAAUUAACUAAAAGUAGACCAUCAUAUUUGCAAACCCUAAUUGAACAUUUUCCAAACCUUCCAAUAGUUUUACUUCAUGCUUGUUAUCCUUUUACUCGUGAAGCAGGUUAUUUAGCUUCAGUUUAUGAGAACGUUUGGUUAGAUUUUGGUGAAAUCUUUCCUAUGAUUUCUACUAUUGGACAAAUAAGUGCGGUGAAAGAGAUGUUUGAAGUUUGUCCUACUGGUAAAUUGUUAUGGUCUAGUGAUGCUCAUUUUCAUCCUGAAGGGUUUUAUCUAGCUUCUUGUCAAGCCCGGACUGUACUAUAUCAUGUUUUGGUCGAGAUGAUUAAGAUCAAAAGUAUCGAUGAAAGUCAAGCAAACGAGAUUGUUAAGAAAGUUUUGUUUUUGAACUCGAACGGACUCUAUAGACUUGGUUUGUCUUUAGAAGACAGCAAGUAA